AUGUGGAUCGGUAACAUCGGGAAGAAGUCUGCUGCUUUUAUCAACCACAAGCCAUUCCACCCAGGGAACUACCAGAACCAGGAGAAGGUAUGGCUAGCUGAGCAGAAGCUGAAAGAGGAACAAAAGAAGGAAAAAGAACUUGAAGAGCGUCGCCGAGAGGAGGUGAAAAUAGAGGAGCUGCGGCGGGCCUUGAGGGGUGAGGCAAAAGCUGCACUACAGUUGCAAAAGAAAGAGGAGGCAGUGUCUCCGGCUGAGGAACUACGGAGAAAGGCUAAGGAAGCGGCGAGGCUUCAGGCACUGCAGCGCAAACACCAGGAGGCGCAAAACCGGCUGAAGAAACUUUCGAAAAGCACAUUGUACGAUGAAGACGCGUUCACGCAGGGACACACCUCCGUGUUUGGCUCGUUGUAUUCCAAGGAGGAAAACAAAUGGGGGUACAGGUGCUGCGGCAGUUUAGACAGAUCGGCUCCGUGCACGGCAAACCAAGGCGACGAUGAAAACCGCACGAAAAAGAGGAAAAACAAAAAUGCAAUGUCUACUCGAGCUGCGGACACGACGGUUGACGCCCCUGGUAAAGCAAGAGACGGGGAGGAGGAGCAGGCUAACGGAACCAGCCCGGCGGAUAGCUCUGUUCGGGGAGACAAGGAAACGGGCGGCAACUUUCAUGCAAGCUGUAGCAAACGUAGAGCGAGGGAAGGAGGUGUUGCCGCUUAUGUGAAGCUCCUGGCGGUGCCGGAGGAAGGGGAGUGA